AUUAUUCAUUCCUUAUCUGGAAUGGCAAUAAACCAAAGGAUACCAUUCACAUACCUAACUUAGACUCACAACAGCAAUCUAGUACUGUUUUUUCUGCUGACAAUGAUAAUGAAAGAGUUGAUCCGAAUCUCUAUCAACAAUGUGAAGCUAAGGUA